AUGUCAAACGUGACGAUGAGGUGGGAGAUGUCAAACGUGACGAUGAGGUGGGAGAUGUCAAACGUGACAAUGAGGUGGGAGAUGUCAAACGUGACGAUGAGGUGGGAGAUGUCAAACGUGACGAUGAUGUGGGAGAUGUCAAACGUGACGAUGAUGUAGGAGAUGUCAAACGUGACGAUGAUGUAGGAGAUGUCAAACGUGACGAUGAGGUGGGAGAUGUCAAACGUGACGAUGAGGUGGGAGAUGUCAAACGUGAUGGUAAGUGUGACGAAAUUGAGACACUUGACGGUGGGUGGAAACUGAGAAACUUGACAGUGGGACGAAAAUUGAAACUUGACGGUGAGACGAAAAUUGAGACACUUGACGAUGGGGUGAAAACUGAAAAACUUGACGAAGUUGAGACACCUGGCGGUGGAAAACGUGAUGGUGAGAAGAAAAUUGAAACACUUAACGGUGGGGUGGAAAUUGAGAAAACUGACAAACCUGUCGAUAAAAUGGAAACUGAUAAAAAUGACAGUGAA